AUGCUGCGGGUUUCGUCAUCCGAGUGCAUCACCUGGUUUGCUGUAUCCCUUACCGUGUGUGUUGCUAUAGUAACAGUGAACCUUCUAUCAAUCAUUCUUUUUAUAAAAAAACGCAGUCUUCGCACUCGUGCCAUGUACCUAGUUAUAAGCCUGACCAUAGCUGAUAUGUUCGUCGGAGGAUUUUCUCACCUUUCUCUAUUUCUAUCCCUCUCAAGAACAUGCGACAUUGUGAAAAUGAACUUAAGCCCGGAACUGUUUGGGAUAUCUAUUUUUCUCUUCCACUGGUUUCCUCUGACCUCUCUAACAAACAUUGCAGUCAUUUCAUUUGAUCGGAUGCAUGCAACAAUUCGUCCCUUCAGGCAUCGCCUCAUCAAAAAGUGGGUCUACGGAGUAACAAUUGCUGGUGUCUGGGUUUCAGCUGCAAUGUUAUCAACUGCCAUUUCAAUAAUUACACUACGACGUGGAGAAUUGUUAUACGAGGUUUACGUAUGGCAAUCAUACUGUUAUUUGUGUCUAUUUGUUAUCUGUGUUUCUUACUUUUCCAUUGUUGUUAAAUUUUUGUGUGGAGCGCAUCCUCAGCACCAUGGUGCAGCCAACAGACAAAAGAAACUGACCGUAACAUUAUUCAUAAUGACUAUCGUAUCCUUACUGAUGUGGCUACCAUCUGUGGUUUUUAAUUUUCUUCUUGCUCAAUCGGGCAUGAAAUUGCUUUCUGAACAGGAAAUGUUUCGUUUGGAUUUUUCUUUAGAUAUUCUAUUUAUGAUGAACUCGCUAGUUAAUCCCAUCGUUUACACAAUCAGAAUUCCAGAGUUCAGAAAAGCCCUCCUGGUAUUAUUUAAACGUCAACGAAGACAAAAUGCCCGAGAUAUUCCUCUUCAUGCGCUUUAAUGUAUUUUGUGUAACACUUGGAAGCCAACUAAUGACUUAGUCAUCUUCGUUAAAAAAAGUGGCUGAUUGUGUACUAUUAUUGCGGCUUUACUCGAUAAAAAAGGCCGUAAAUAGAUGUUGUGGUGCAAUUUUUUCAUUGGUUUAAACGCUAUUUUCCUUUUUUUAAACUCUGAUGCGCAAUCGUACAUAUAACCAUACCGCAAAACAACGGAAAACAAAAUUUAAACCAUUGAUGAGUUGAACCACGGUAUUUCGUCAGAUACUACAACUAAAUGGUUUAGUAUGCUUCCAAAAUGAAAAGAUAUCCUUUAAAUUCCUUGUUUAGAAUUAGUCAUGAUUAUGAUUGUGGCGCAAAAAAGGAUAUAUUCAUUAUGUACAUUAAGCGCAGAAGCAGCCUUAUACCCAGGCCAGUUCGCGUUAUCAGAGUUACCAGAAGAUGGUUGGAACCGAGUGCGAUAGUCUUUGGCAAAUUUUUCCGACAAGCUUUACAGGUGAGGUCACAUCUGAUAUCGCCAAGGACGGCAGGGAAGGAGGCUGGCGCAGAAGUUGUUUCGUCCUUAAUUUGUUGUUUCACAACGUGAUAUCUACUUAAUGCGGCUUGUUUCAGUUGAAGGUAAAAUAGUACCUGUGUCAGCAAAAUCAGCAUUCUAAGAGAAUUCAAUAAAGUUACUAGUUAAACAGGAUUUCUUUACGUUCUUAUCUGUGUCUGGAAUGUCACAAGGAAUGGGCCGGAAAAACGCUGAAAUGGGAAAAGCACACUUCAGUGUCCUAAGGAUGGGAAAAGUCGUGAGAGGAUUAUAGGAAUGUUGAACAUUUACGGGUCUUUUUUCGGGGGGAUGAUAUACUUAGCCAAAUCUGGGAAGGGAACUCAAUUGAAAAACUUUGAAAAUCUUGGAUGAAUGAAGAGUCAUCAAAACUUUUGAACCUUUCUCGAGCUAUAGAAAUUUGUAAACAAGAGUUUUGCUUCUUCAAAGAUAUAUUUUACAUCAGAAAACUUUCCCCUGAUAAAUGAGGAUGGAGACAGAUCAAAUAGUCUGGAUUGAAUAUUGGCAUCACUGGAAAUUAAAUCCAUUAAAUCCAACUUGUCAGUUCGUGUCCUUAAACUGCGCCAUGAAUUCUUGGUGAAAGGUUCUUAGUGGCUCAAACAUUGAAGCGAACGUCUCUUCAGAAGGAAGAAUAGUGAUCCUACCAAGAAAGAUCAAAACAUAAAACCGUUUUAAGUUAUUUCCUUCUUAUAGAUAGUGGGCCUGAAAAUAAAAAAAGCUUUGGAUUAUUUUAACCCAUAAUGUGGAGGUAAAACUUUGUCCAAUUUCAUCAGACUUUCACACUCUGACAGAACGUCGCUUUUAGGACACCUUACAGAUCUCUUUUCCUGCGUAAAUUUAAGCUCUGGUCCAUACCGUAUAAUCCCGGUUGUAAACCUUUCCAUUUAUAAACACCAACUUUACUCCAGUUGCAGGCCCUCCACUAAGCCUCCAUCACGCCGGCUAUGGGCCAAUCUGUGAAUACCCUUAUCGCGUUCGUCAUAACGCAUCCUAAUUUUGUGUUGCUGUGGUACAAAGGCAGAAUUUGUCGAGCUAUCACGGGUGACUGCCGAUUAGCGGCCCCUAUUAAUUUUAUCAGGGGCAUCUCGGCCGCAGGAAACUGGACGCCUUUGGUCUCGUUUUCGUUUCCUUUAGUCUCGUUUUUGUGCAGAUGGCAUGCUAGUAGAAUAAGACGAACGCGGAUCCAUAAUCAAUGAUUAUAACUAGUUAUAUGGGUGGUUCCGCGAACGUACAAGAUGAGGAGAAUAAUGCGUUCUGAUUGGUUAUAGGAGCAACAAAAGAAACAUUGGUAAUUUGCAAGGUAUUACGAGAUUUUUGUCGACGACCCUUUUCUGUUGUGUCCUUUGCCUGUUUAUUUUAUAGGUUUCUGGGAAACUGCCCACCUAUAACCCUCCCCUAAGCCAACAUUAACUCUUACUUCGCACUGAGAGCAAAAUGAUGGCUUAGGGGAGGGGUAGGUGGACAGUUUCCAAGAAACCAAUAAUGAUCCGUUAUUUUUUGGUGGUGGUGGUGGUAGGAAAGGGGGGGGGGAGGUUAGGGAGAGCGAUCUUUCCAAAUUUAAAGGUGCAGUCAAUCUAAUCAAUCUAAAUAUAUUAGACAAGCCUGUGAAAACCUUGUGACACAAGGGCGCAAAUGAUAUCACAGAGAGGUUUUUAAACUUUCAAAAUUCCGACCUGAAGUUGAUGGCCCUUAAUUCAAAUCUUACCUAUAGUAAAAGUUGUUACCGCUGCCUGCCAUAUCAAAAACGUGGCCAGGAAUCAUGCAAAUUCCACUUUUCUCCAGCCCCUACCAGCAGUAAAACUCGUCUGGUGGCAUUUCCUUGGCCUGAAUAACAAUGGCAAUACAAACAACUCAGUAAACUAAAAAAAUUAUUACACAUUACUUUUGUCCACCCAAAAUCCUUUCACUUUGCUCACCAAACAGACCACAUACAUAAUUUCCUUGUAAGGGGAAUAUCUGUAUUUCAAAGAAUCCCUCGAUGAAGCCUUUACUGGGAACUGUUACUAGAUCGAUACGACAUAUGGAAUUUAGCAAUGCAAUAUGGAAAGUUGAGAAAGCGAAAUUUUAAUUUUGCGGGACAUUAUCAGCAGCCUGAAUAAGAUGGGAGAGCCUAUAGCGUCUUUUUCACUUUUCCUAACCAAAGAACGCCUUUUUGUGAAAACUAAAACGGCGGGAAACGGUUUGGCAAUUAAUAAGGGAGGUUUUUUUGAGAUUGCAUUUUCGUCGUCGUCGACACACAUUUGCCUCGCUUUGGGGCGCUUGCUUACAUUUUGCCUCACUUUGACGCGCUAACUCGUGGUGAUUCUUGUGUCCUCGGCGUUCAUCUUUCAAAGGUUUGCUGAGGUCUAAUAUUCUGUCUUCGUACAGCGGUCAUCUUUUAAAAAGUUUGCUGAAUCUUCGUAAAGCGUACAUCGAUCUGCGUUUGCUGAAUCGUCCAAGGCGUUCAUCUUUUAGACGUUUGCUGUUAAAUUUUACUUUGGAUUAAGCCUUCAUAUUUUUCAGCAUGGUUCGUCCCUGUCUUUGGGAAAUGUCUGCGACUAAUGAUGCAUGCAUCAAACCGGGUUUAGUUCGGCGGCCGUUGUGCCACAAAGUAAAUUUACCGAGUUGUGUAGCUCGGCGGCCGUUGUUUCACAAAGUAAAUCUACCGAGUUGUGUAGCUCCGCAGCCGUUGUGCCACAAAGUACUUGAAAUCUAACGCGAAGCUCGGCGGCGCCAUUUGAUCAUGACUUGUGAUGUUUUCGGCACCGGACAAACGAACACUUUAACUCUAUGUUAUUUAUUAGGAAAAACUUAUAAACCACUCUCGAGUCACUGAAAUCAACACGCUCGACCAAAUUACUGGAAAAGUUAUUGACGUGAGCCGCGCACACACUCCAUUGAAGGCUUUGACAGGGUUAGUAUGAAGUUUGAUUUCAGAUGUGAAAGCUUUUAAAACAGUAAAUUCAAUGUAAUUCAUUUUGUCAACAAGUUGAUGAUUGGAUGCUGCUAAAAAUAACAGAGAAAAUUGUCCGAAGAAAUGUUUUUGCAGAAAGAAAAAGAAUCCCGGGUUAAGCAAUCGGCCUUUGAGCAACUGCGCCCUGUAACUCGCGUCAGUAAAACAAAAUGUUCUAUUUACACGCCCGACGCACUCUGGCCAAUGUCCCCUCCGAUUACAAGCACUUGACACCUAACCAUACGAUAUCUUUUCAAAACCUUCUUAUAAUGAUACACAGUUUAAAUAGAGGUUUCGCCGUACGCAACCCUUAAGUUCAAAAUAUGCCAUAAUCAUACUUAUCCAUAUUGCAACCACCCUUCCCCUUCAACUGCUACCUGUACGCCUAACAAACAUAUCGAACGCACCCCCCUAAGCUCCGAUUACUCCUAGUCUAUACAUUUAUAAGAAGAUUGCCAAAUGAACUCGAUCUAGUUCCUUAGCGACUCCAGCACUUGGCAAACUUUACUUGCGUAAGACUCGAAUCUCACGUUUUGAUUGGGCAAAAGAAUCAAUGGAAACCUAUCCUGCGUGCCAGAGACUUUUCACGCACUGCUUCCGGUUUUUCAAAUCUUUAUCGCCACUCGUGGCUACGACCCGCGAGCCGAAGGAUCCCGCCACCCGCGAGAAAACCUCUGGUACCCAGGGUAAGAGGAACAAGCUUUAUUUGUUAAAUCGGCUAUCCCAGGCGGGCAUUAGAGGCGUCACGUGACUAAGUAUUGUAUUAUUCACUGCUUUUAUCUGUAUGGUGAAAAGCUACGGUUCAAAUUGUUACAUUUUAGUUUAAACCUGGAACGAGUUACAGCCUGAGCACUAGAGACAAGCUGAAAAAAAGAAUAAUACAACGCUAUUAAUUUUGUCAUUCACAACUAAGUACUAAGUUCUCAAGUUCCGUAGCGAAUAAUGACUCGUUAUUGCCAUUAUAUCAACCAUAUAAACUAGUCAGCUGUCACAGAGCCCCUUUAAAAUAUUACACGAGCGAUAAAGUAGCGCUGAUUAUGAUCACGCGAGGCGCGUGAGUUUCUCUGGGUUAAGCUACAGUUAAGGAGCAUACCUUUGAAAACUUUUCAUAUGGUUCAUCGCCAGGCUUGGGAGGAUUGCAAGUGAGUCCCAUGAUUACCUUGGGUUAGAAACCAAGCGUAAUGAAUACAGCUUGAGUACCUUACAAUAAAGCACUAACAGCUUCCUCUGCAGGCGCUCCGAGACUCGCGCGACACAAGGUGAAUGACUGGAAAUAAGAGAAGCGCGAAGCUUUAUGGGAGGAGUAAGAAAGGAGAGCAAAGCCAUCUUUCACCAUCCCGCCGUUCUUUGCGCGUAGUGUGAGAGACGCCUAAGUACGAUGAAGUUACAUCUGAACUAUUGCAAUUUUUUGCUUAACUGCCUAAUACCCUGACAACCAUAGAACAAAACAAAACAACAACAGGAACAAACAACACAAAGCCAAUAUAACGAAAAGAGAAACACAAGCAGCCAGGCUUGUCUAGGACUUGGGAGAUGUUAAUAAAUCAUCGUAGAAGUACUAAAAUACUUUCGCUCUAACGAAAAGGUAACUAAGGUCGUUCCAAGUAUUCAACCUGGAAAUUCUGGACUAGGGUUUGAGGCAGCCCUUUCAUUAGGGACCUCUGUCCCAUUUCACUUCAUGUGAUACAUUAAUUGUACCUGUCCUAUCGUGGAAGGGCAACUUCUUGCAAUCAGUUACGUUUUAACUCGAGACCUGAGUUUUUCAUUGAAUCCUCCACCCCUUCAAUAACUUGAAUAAUUUCGCAGGAAUUUUCUGUCUCAAACUCUUUCCUCUUUCGGUUGAAAAUACUCCUCCACUUGUUCAGGAUUUUGGAUCUGAUGCUGUUUGGCCUGUCCAAACUUUUCUUAAGAUUCUGAAAUCCGGGAUGAAGCUCUCCACUUCCUUUGUUUUUGCCCUCUUUCCUUUUUUCAACCAAAGUGGAAAUUUAGACCGACGAUCAGUCUUCGGAACAUCUACGUCAUCGUUUCGCUCGCAAGUACCAGUACACUGUUCGCCAUGAAGAUCGUAAGGCGACCUUUCCUUUGAUGACUUGUCUCCUUGAUUGAAGUCUUGUUCACGAAGGUCAUCGUUGGCAGUAGGCCCCUCCGUACAGCACUCUGUUGUCUCUCCCUCAGAUUUUCCAAGUAUCCUUUUCCAACUGAAAGACACCUUUGACAAUAAACUGAACGGAAAUUUGGAAUUUUCCAUUGCAUCAUCUACAGUCCCAGAACUCGGCUUCUCAUUACUUUCAUUACCAUGCUACUCCAAGGAACCUGGUUUUUUGCUCUCAUUUUCUUUCAACGUCAGGGAAUAACAACCGUCAUCUUUAGUUUGUCUGGGAUCCUGAAUUUUCUUCUUUUCGUUCUGAGCAAAGGGUGACCUUUGCUGGAAACGUUUUCCAUCAUGUUCAUCGCGGCAGGAAGACUUUGAGAAAUCUCUCUUUAGUUUUGAAGCCUUUGAGGAUCGUGAAGUAAACACAAAAGGUGUGCGAGAUUUUUUGCACUUUUCUCAUCACUUUCUUCCCAUGCGAUCUUCUCAGCCGAGGAAAUCUUGUUUUUCUAAAACUCUUUUUCUUUCUUGAACUUGACUUUUUGUCGACAGGAAAACCCUGACCUCUGCCUUUCCUCGCACCGCAUUCACGGGCAGUCGUUGAUGAUGAUGAUGAAACUUUAUUAAGGUGUCUAAAGAAGCCUCCUAGCUUAGGUUAAAAGCCUAUGCUAAUUAGGGGACACAAAAUAAAUAAAUAUAAAUUAAAGUAAAAAAAUAUUUACAUAUAAGCGCAGGUAUAAAAAAUAUAUAUAUAUAUUAAUGACAUUAACAAUAUUUACAGUAUGACAAAUAUGUCUAUGAAUUGCAGAGAUGACAACACUUGCAUCCAUUAUCCAUUAGUGUAACUAUAUCUAAUGUACGUAUUUUGUUUUUGAAACAUUUUUUUAAAAGGUGGUAACUUCUCUCAAGUCUGGGGAUGAUUUUCCCUAGAGAUUGGGCCCCAAGUGGCGGAGGGAGUGCUUACCAUAUGUUACCGUGUUGUACCUGGCAGCGGAGAAAUCAGACUGCCUUAAGUUAUACUUGGAUCUAUGCUUAAUAAAAAUGUCACUGAUAUAGGGGGGACAUAGAUUGUUCUUGGCUUUAUACAUUAAAACACAAAUGUCUUGUAGUCUCCUGUUCUGUAAACUUGGCAUUUCUGCUCUUUUUAGAAGUUCAGGGUAGCUAACAUUGUUCCUAAAAAAAGCACGCAGGCCCCUUUCUUGCAUCCGCUCGAUUUUACGAGAAUCACUGGCUCGGCAAAAGUGCCACACAAGGUGGCAAUAUGUAAGGUGCGGCAAUAUUGCUGUUUUAAAAAGCAUAAGUUUAGCAUUUGUCGGAAUCAAGUUUCUAUGUCUCAUAAGGACGCCAAUUUUCUGACCGGCAAUUUUACAGAUCAUGUUAAUGUGCUCUGAAAAAUUCAGCUUAGAAUCUAUUGUGACACCCAACAAUUUGAGAGAGUCAGUUAUACUAAUAUCAUGAUUGUUUAAUCUGAUCACUUGAGUGGUGUUAUUAUCGCUUUGGCUAUGUCCGAUGUUCAUAGUUUGAUAUUUCUUCAAGUUCCCGGCUAGAAGAUUUGAGUUGUACCAAUUAGUGGCUUGCUGUGCACUUUCCUUUAGCAUUAACAUAACAGAGGACUGAUCCCGUCCUGUUUGAUAGAUCUGAUGAUCGUCCGCGUACAUAGACAAGUUAGUUGUUACACAGUACGACAAAUCGUUCUGGAAUAUAUGAUUGAUCUUCGCCCCCCUGGUAGCCGCAAAUGUCGAAAAACGUUUCUUCAUCCGCGACGGAAAUUUUUCGUUUAAGUCCAAAAAAUUUGUCUUUUUCUGUUUGAAAUAUGACACAUCUCAAAAACUGAAGUAUUAACUGUCCAAACGAGGUCACCCUGCGCAAAAGGGCAGCCAUACUUCGGACUUUUAUGUCGGAUUUAGUCUAUGACGUAACAAAUGAAGAGGAUGACGUGCUAAUUAUAAGCGCGCAAAUUGCAUGUAAAAUUUUAAAGAAAACUAAUUACGAGUAAUGGCAGAUUAAAAGAGUGUGUCCGACCUGCUUAUUAAUUGCCGGAAUUGAUGGGAAAGUGUAGGAUUUCUGGCGUAUAGGUGCGGAUGUUUGUGAGUAUGCAAAUAAUUUGAAAUUUUUGGCGCGCGCACCGAGAAUUGCGAUGACAGAUUUCCCCGUUCGAAUUUGAAUUUUGAAUUACAUUACAUUUAAAGCGUGCACUUUGCAUGGAAAUUGAAAUCACAACAUUAACAAUAAAAAUAGAAAUUUUACAGGAAUUUUUUUCUGUCAUUUGUUUGAUCAUAUACCAUGUAUACUUUUUCCCCCGCUUCCCACCCUCUUAGAACUCUACCUCCCGCAUUUUUCUCUCAUGCUUCCCGUACCCCUUCCGCCUCCUAUUCUCCCGGGUUCCCACCCUGCUGUCCUGCCCAUUGUAAGAUAAGAUGGCUGUGUUUUGGAGUCGUUGACGUCAUCGACUCACACAAGGUGCCCCAAGGUAAUCAACCUCGUCCCUAGGGCUUUUCCCUCAAAAAAUGAGGGAAAAGCCCUGGGGACGAGGUUGCCAAGGUAAUAGUAUAAUAAUUUCUUCUGGAACUCUUCUGUUAAUGUAAAUUUCUUACUUCCGAAAACAGCGUUAAAGGAAAUUCCUAAUUACUUGAUCGUUACUGAAUACGGCCAUAACGAGGUGUUGUUGCGCGGGCUCAUUUUCCGAACAGCGGCUAGCUAGGAAUCGUGCUCAACCUCUAUAAGUAAAAGUACAUGAAAUGUCUCUACACUAACAAUGGGAGGGACGGAAGCACUAUUUCGAUAUAAUUUUGUACAGUUAAAAUCGAAAAUUUACAUGGUGAUUUAACUUAUUAGCAGCUGCAAAGGAGCGCUGUUUCCAAAGACGAAGCUUAAGUAUUACUUUAAUGGUUAUGAGUUCCUCUGGGAGUAAAUUCACCCUUUUGUAGCAAAACUCGGUAACAGAUGUUUCCGUUGGUUUACUUCCGCCAUGUUGGUGCUCAUCCCGAUGAGCACCAGCUUGGCGUCUCCAUACAAAGCUCUAUCAAUUUGGGUAAGUCAUAUCUUCGGACAUCUCGUAUGCGAAUUAUUCCUUCGACCCAAAUCUUGGCGAGGGUCUUUGUAUAUUUACCUCCUUUCAUUUGCCAGAUUCUGGACUUUAUCUGUCGAAUGAUUUAACUUAUUAGCAGCUGCAAAGGAGCGCUGUUUCCAAAGACGAAGCUUAAGUAUUACUUUAAUGGUUAUGAGUUCCUCUGGGAGUAAAUUCACCCUUUUGUAGCAAAACUCGUUAUUUGAUCUAUUUUGAAGGACUCGCGAAACCCUUGGGGCGAUGGGGCGGUUUCACGCAUAGAAAAUCAUAGCAGCUUAAAAAAUAUUUAUCAUGGAGUGUUUAGUUCUAGAAUAGAAUUGUUAUAAAAGCCCCAAAAUUAAAGGAAAAUGGGUUCCAAGUUAUGUUUGGAGCUCCUGGCCAUGCUCAAUAAUUUUUUUUUCGUACGCACAUUGUGCCUUAUAAAACUUGCACCGUCUGUCAAGGCAGAAAUAGCUAGCAUCUACAUACCAAUCUCGUUCUCAGUUCUUUUUGCCGCCGCUAUAUUAAAAGACACUGGUGACGAGGGUUGUACUACAUAAAGUGGAACCUGUAUUCAGGACCAAGGCAAGAGUCCCCUGAAUAGAGCUGUCCCCUGAAUGGAGGUUGGGCUAGCGUUAAUGUUAAUAAUAACUGAUCAACAAAUGAAAUGUUUUCUUUUAUUCUGGCUCGGAAUCCGCUGCAUUCGAUUAUUUCAAGCAGCUAGAAAAUGCAUGAAAUUGUAUGUUAAAUUUCCACAGGUGCAGUACAUCGAUUUAAGUGGGACAGCUCAUGUUGUGUGAGCUGUCGUCAUUGUGACUAGUGCACGCAUAAAAUUAUCAACGUUUUUUUACGGUCAGUGACUUUUUGAGUGCAGUUUAGGUCAGGUCAGUUUGUUCACACUUGUAUAUAAUAUUUAGACUAUAUAUAAUAACGUAGCAUGACGUAGUAAUAAAAUAACAAAUAAGAGAUAAGAACAAAAGAGAAAAAUUAAUGGCUUUGAUAGAAGUGUGCGGUGGUCAAAGGAGCUUAGCUUUCAAGCUAACCACCGCUGUAAUGUGAAUAGAAAUACUUAAUAUGUGCAUUAGGUGCCAUGGCAAAUAUGGACGAUGAUGUGAAACAAUCAGUUAAGUUUUUUGACCUGGUAGUAGCUGAGUGUUUUUAUGUUAGUAGGAAUCUCUUCACAGAUUUUGUCGGGUCAAAGGAAUAUCUUGUGUACGAGAUAUCCGAAAAAAUGUUUUACCCGAAUUUAUAGAGAUUUGUAUGGAGACGCCAUGCUGGUGUCCACCUGGAUGGGCACCAACAUGGCGGACGGAAACCAACAGAAAAACAACAUUUGUUGAUUAAGAAAAACAGCUGUUAGCGAGUUUUGCUUAAAAAGCGUGAAUUUAUCCCUCGAGGAACUAAAAAACAUUAAGAUAAUACUUUUUCUAAUACACUAACCGUUUAAAAUAGCAAAAUGCGCUGAAAUAAGUCACUUUUUAAACCUACAUUACAGUUCUCUUGGCCGUCAUGGAAAAGCCGCGUCACGCAAAAGUUUAGAAAUUCAAGGGUACUCUAACACAAAACCAAGAACAGCUCCAAGAACCCUUUGGAAGCGAAAAUUUGUAUGAACAUUAGUUUUCAGCCGCUCUAAUAUAUCAUGAAAGUAAAAUCUCAGUAGGAUCGAUAGUUUUGUAGUUUGAAUUUUAGUGACGUCAUCAUGUGAAAACCAACAAAAACAAUCGUUUCAGUAAGUCACGUGACAGGUCAUGUGACUUUUUUCUGACAAACAUAAAUAAUUGACGAAAUGAUGACAGGUUUAAGAAAAAGAUAUCAGGUAUAAAACAUUUUUCUGAUUCAUAUUAAGUACUUCUAACACUUCACUUUUGGCUUAAUAAAGGCUAAAAUUUUGUCUUCAAAGCUGUAAUUGUAAACUAUGAACUUCUCGUACGCUCACUCCAAACGGCAAUAUCCAUACAUGGUAAAUUCGCUACUUUCAUUUGCUCAGUAUUGUUAAAAGAGACCAAAAUGUUUAUAAAACACCUACCAAGAGCGCCUUGAUACAUAUUAAGCAAAUCCUUCUUUCUAGCCAUCGGAUAAAGCUAAUAUCUCCAUGAUCUUUCACACAUGUUUUUAAGGUGGCUGAACACAGUUUUGGCAGUUUGUGAGUAUAUGUCAUUUGUCAGAUCAUGGCAAAAGAAACGUCGCAGCUCACAAGCUGAAACUUGGCAAGUGAAAAAUAUACUGAUGAUAGAUUUUGAUCGACAGGUAAAAUGUGACGUUUUCGUUGUUUCCAUGGCAACAUGAACGAUUGAAUACAACCUUAAGAGGCUGUCCGCGUAAGAACCGAUAAGGCAAAUUUCGCUGUAUCACAGAUUGCCCCGAUUUUUUCAGUGGAAGAUAACUAUCCUAUCACAUGAAGAAAUAUCACAUUUAUUUGGACCAACUCAAUUUUUUCUCUAUAUUACAGGAAGAUUUUCUCGGUCACCUAAAACUGGCCCGUUUGCCGUCAGAACUGGUGCGAUUUUGCUGAAACUUUAGGGCUAUGUCAAACCUACCUUACAUAGCCGAAUAAGCUGAUUAUUUUACAAACAAAAGUUUUAACUCUGAUUAACAGUGUCAAAGUUUAAUGGUUGCAUUCUGUGGAAAGUUGGCUGAGAUAUGAUUUUUUUAAAAUGACCUUUAAUUUGCUCAGCAGGAAAAGUAAUUUGCAUAACUAGAGUUGAACGGUAAUUUCGCAAAAGUGGCACCUGACCCAGACUCAGGUCUAUGAUAAAUCAGAAGUACUAAGACCAGUCUACUUCUUAAUGCAAUAAAAUUUGUGGGCUCUUCUCUGCGCGCUGUACAAAGUUCCGUUAAUGUUACAAAAUUCGCCAUUUUGACAGCAAAGCUGGAAUUGUAACGGUCCACAUUUGAUCGACUAAUUUCCACAGUUUUAACGUUUCUAGCUAUCACCAAAUGUCAUCAGACCCUUUAAAUGUUGGACUUUUGAAAACAUGAGGAGAAAACUUGGUAAUCGCUUUUUCUCGGUUUUUUUCCUUGUCGACGAUCAGAACGCGACUUCAUUCUCCGUAUGCAAAUUAUCCUUAGAUGCGUCGUUUCAACAAAUUGACAUCACUGCUUAUAUUUCACAUUUUUAAGGGAAAAAUAUCUCUUCUUUCCACGAAAAAACAUUAACGAUAUAUGACUUAGAAUCCCCUUAGGUCUGUUUCUUUUACGAGGAAGAAGCAGUAGAAAAAGAUAUGUUUACGCGAAUUAAAAUGAUUUAAUUACUAUGGCCCGUCACGCAUUCCCCGAGAGUGGCCGUGUAUCGAUCAGUUCUUUUAUCUGAUGUAUACUUUUUUUGAAGUGAUAGUUAUUGAUAAUCAUACAAUUUAAUCACUGUUAAUUCCGAUUCUUUACUGGGUGGGAAAUACCGUGCUGUUGUAUUUAUUCAUUCUACGACCGUUUUAACUGAGUCAGUAUCCCCGGGCGCCACCGUGAGGAUAGGGUUUAAUAUGACAGCCCAUGAUGUAAUACACGACAAUUAGCUACAAAGUAGUCACUUGGACCGGCCACUCUUAUUCACGAGCACUAGCACAAUAUUUUCAAUUACAGAAUUAACAAUUAAUAUUUUGGAAAUAGCUCGCAAACAACUUCAGAAAUACCGUGCGACACCACAGGACCACACCUGCAAAGUCCUUUAAGCAGCACACACAUUUCCUAGAUCCCUAGCUAACUGUAGGCUACCCUACAAACUUUAGGGUGGUAUUAGUUUAUCGCCAAUUAACAAAAAUUUGAGUAAAAGUGAGGAAUGGCAUGCAGAAAAAGGCAUAGUUAUUGUUUAAGGUCCGUCUUCUGUUAAAUCCCAAAAGUUUUUGCCGGCUGUUAAUCACACUAAAUUAAAGAUCCCUAUGUUGACUCCUGAGCUGAUGGAGAAAAGCACGUGCAAUCUUGUAUGAAAGACGAAAGUUUGUCAAUUAGGUCUCCUUUUAUUUCCCUGGAUUUGAAUGGUAUUUUAAAGUGACACAAGAGUUUUUUAGCAUUACCACGUUGAACUGACAAGGUUGUUCUUCCUUUGACAUACACACUAGCUUCUGGUUGAGGGUGUUGUGGUCUCAAUUCUUCAGCGAUUUCUGCAACAAGCUUUUGCCUUUCGAACUCCUCGUUUUCUUGCAACAGAUCUCUAUGGUCAAGUUCAACUUGUAUACACUUAGGACUAUGUUUAACGUGUUGACUCAAGCGGGCCUAGAGUCCAACAUGGGCUGGCAAUAGGUGAGCACGAAAUUGGUACGGGGGUGGGGGAAACUUCCUAUGAUGGCCUAUACGGGGAGGUUCCGCCCAAGAGGCGUAUCUUUUUUUUUAGGCUUCAGGUAUAUGAAAGGGUGGACAUUUCACUAGAUGAAGUAUAUAAAAGGGCGAGUGCGCUUAUUGCAGCCUUAGCAGCAUCUUUGGCGGUUCUUAAAGAAAAAAGAACUAAGUUUAAGAAUUUAAGGAAAAAGUAGAAGGACUUAAUUUUUCAGAAAUUAAUAUAUACGGGAGAAAUUUCACCCCCUUAAGUACAAAUGCUUGUAAAAGCAGAGGUAGAACAGUGCGGAGAGAGGGUGGAUGGUAAAGUAGGUUAAAAAUGGAGAGAUGAGAUGGAGCACAUUGUUCAAGAGGGUAUAAAUCCAAAAAAAAAAAACAGCAAUCUGGAGGCAUUUUUGAAGACUUAAUGAAAACGUUAUCAAAACAAGAAAAACAGAGAAAUCUUGUCCAAUAAACCUCUCCGGCAAAUGUGUGGACAUGGUUGCUGACUGUUCAAUUGUACUCUUCUCGACCCUUCGGCGUCAAAUUUUUUUUAAGUUUCUUGCGACAGGAUCGGGGAGCAAAUCGGCUAUAUAAAGUUGAACUGAACACUAAGGUACUUUUAAUUCUCCCUAACUUUUACAAAAUCAGAGACAUGUUUUAAACACUAUAUUAUUGCAAGAAUGAAAUACUUUUCAUACAUGUGAACGACACCUCGACCACAAUCACUCCUAGCCUCAUCCCCAGGACAUUCUUCUUAGAAAAUUGCAGAGGGGGGAGCCCUGGGGACGAGGUUGAAUCCUGACUCCGUGUAGAAAGUUCUUUUUUCCCCAUUUAUAAUGCUCUUCAAACAAUCAUCAAAAACCUAUCUUUUACAUCACACGGAUUAACCGGCAUGUAUAGUAUUUUAAAGGUAAGAAUUAAUUGAUUAGGGCAGAUGAGAUACACGGCUGUCAAAAAAAUAGAAAUAACAAAAACUAUCUUUGCAAGCUCAAAUAAACUGGAAACGAACUUUUCAGAAAACAUCGCAGGAUAAAAUGUUAAAUAGAGAAAUUAGAAUGUAUCGUUACGUUAAGAAACUUUUUGGCAUGAAGAAGAAAAAAGAAUGAUACUUACGUGAUGGAACAAAACUUUGACUUUUUUCGCUGGCUAUCUGGAAAUUUACGACAUGUCUUCCUGCCACAGAAGUUAUUUUGCCAGUAUGAUCCAGAGUGUGACCGGGAAAUUGAUAAGACCUUAGGCUCGAUUUCCGCCGUCUCCCCGUCCGUUGGGGGCUCUUUUCCAGAUCAGCGGCUUACAAUCGAGCCUAACAAGACCUUGGCGCUCGCAAAAACCUGCCAAGUAGGUGUCUGUGCCUUGGGCAGAUUGUCAUUUCAGUUCCGAAUACCCACCAAGCCUCGAAUACGUACUCUCGCUAAAAUGAGUUCAUUUUCAUUGUCUUUGCUACACUUACUAAACUUAGACAAGUGACAGUUGGCUAAGUGCGACGUAAUAUCAUCCAUGCACUCUGUGACCAACACAUUUUCCUCCACACCCCUACUGGGACCUCACUCUGUCUACGAUCUCGCGGAAGAACUGCUUGAUGAAAUAGCCGAAAAAGCCAUUUUUCAUAAUUGAUCUCUUCGGCGAUUUCAUAUUUGAAACUGGCACCUGUUGCAUUAUAAUUCAAUCAGAUUGAAACCAAAACAAGGUCAUCGUUGGAAUUCGGAUGUUAUACCCUAACAAAAACUAGAAAGAUACUCCCUUUUGCGUUUAUUCAUUGAAAAAAGCAACUAUUUUUUCCGUUUCAUUCUGCUACCGAUAAACGCUUUAAAGAUCUUUGAAUAAAACUGAAAUUUAUUGCUAAUUUAAGAUAGAAAAAGUGUGGGGCAUUUUUUUUAUCAUAGUGCCAUGUACAAAGAUCUGCCUUCUCCUGAUAAGCAAAUAUUAUCAUAAAGCUUUCGACGUUAAGGCUAUUUUUUAAGGCACGCAAAAAAGAGUGCCCAAAAAUUUUCGUGUGCUGACAAGAGGACUUACCUUGCAAGUGAACUCUUAUUUUUUAUCAUUAUCAAUAACUGUCAUGUAAAAAAAAAAAAGAUGACAAUAUUACAGAAUUGAUCGACACAACGCUAUUGUUUUCUAGUCGACCACCCCUCUUAAGGAAUGCGUGACAGGCCACAGUAAUUGAAUUAUUUUAAGCCACGCAAACGUAUAUCAUGAUAUAUUAUUCAGCUGCUUUUUCCUCGUUAAAAAAAAAAACAAACAGACCUUAAGGGGAUUCCAAGUCAUGGUUUGUGUUUUUCUGUGGAAAGGAGAGUUAUUUUUCCCCUUAGAAAUGUGAAAUGUAAGGAUUAUAUUUCCUGUCAAUUUGUUGAAACAACCCAUCUAAAGCUAAUUUGCAUACGGAGAAUGAAGUCACGUUCAUCGUCGACAAGAAAAAGACCCAAGGAAAAGCGAUUUCUAAGUUUUCUCCACAUGUUUUCAAAUGUCCAACAUUUAAAGGGUCUAAUGACAUUUAGUGAUAACUAGAAACGUUAAAGCUGUGGAAAUUAGUCGAUCAGAUGCGGAUCCGUUACAAUUCCAGCUUUGCUGUCAAAAUGGCGAAUUUUGGAUCAUUAACGGAACUUUGCACGGCACGCAGAGAAGAGUGCCCACAAAUUUUAUUGCGUUAAGAAGUAGACUGGUCUUAGUACUUCUGAUUUAUCAUAGACCUGAGUCUGGGUCAGGUGCCACUUUUGCGAAAUUACCGUUCAGCUCUAGUUAUGCAAAUUACUUUUCCUGCUGACCAAAUUAAAGGUCAUUUUAAAAAAAUCAUAUCUCAGCCAACUUUCCACAGAAUGCAACCAUUAAACCUUGAACCUAUUAAUCACAGUUAAAACGGUUGUGUUUAAAAUAAUCAGCUUAUUCGGCUAUGUAAGGUAGGUUUGACAGAGCCCUAAAGUUUCACCAAAAUCGCACCACUUCCGACGGCAAACUGGCUAGUUUUAGGUGACCGAGAAAAUCUUUCUGUAAUAUAGAGAAAAAAUUGAGUUGGUCCAAAUAAAUGUGAUAUUUCUUCAUGUGAUAGGAUAGUUAUCGUCCACUGAAAAAAUCAGGGUAAUCCGUGGUAGACCGAAAUUUGUCUUAUCGGUUCUUAUGCGGACAACCUCUUGAAAUUUCGCUUUUGCUCAGCUUACAUAAAAUUCGCUCAUUAGAUUUUCCUAUAAACUUGCGCACAGCUUACUAUAAUUAAUCAUUACCAUUUUAAACUUAUUUGACCAAAUUUUAACAGACAGGUUUUCAGAUAAUCAAUAAUAUAAUUGUAUUGUAAUUAUUAAAUGUAUCACAAAAUUCGUCUGUUCAACUUUCAUUUUAAAGUUCUCUUUAUUUAGAAUACGACAAAAGUCAAAAUUCUGCCAAAUAUCACAAAAUUUUGAUGAGUAGAUUUUGAGAAAUCGUCUUCUGUGUACCAUUGCUUUUUUCGCCGCCAUGUUUGUUUGUACCGCUGACUGCCCCCAAAACUGUGUUCAGCCACCUUAAAAAGAUUGAAACUACUAUGAGGCGAAAUUGCAUUUCAAAAGCGCUUCAUUUUCUACAGAUAAGGGCCGAACAUCAAGAUUGUCCUGUUUUUACGUACCGUAUUUCUAUCCACAAAAACUUCAUCCCAAAACAUCUCGAUAACGCUCUUACAGAUUUCGCAUUAACUUCCCGAACAGUGGAGGAAAAAGCUCCCGCAAACAAUUUUCGAAGAAGAGUUCCCAGUGCCGAGAAAUACGGCUGCUGAAAGAACUGAAAACAAUUACAUGAUAACUUGAGGAAAACACAGAGAAUAUAACACGUGACCAUCAAUCAGUUUAUUAUAUCAAGGAAAACCUUCUGUAUAUACAUCGUUAAAGACUGUUCGAGACUGACGUUGUUUUUUUCAACGAAAACUGUCUUUUUCGAUUCACAAGCUGUACGGCCUGAACCGUGAAAUUACUGUCAAAAAUCUCUAAGCACUCUGUUUUAGCGUCAACUUUCCAAUAUCGAAGGGGGUGAAGAAAGAUCAAAAUAAGCAAAAAUGCAUUAACAUCCAAUGCAUAUAAAAGGUCUAGCGUGUUAAUUGUAUUACUUGGUGUUAUAACUUAAUUUUCCCUGUUUGAGUCUUUUCUCUCUAAUCUUUUACUAUUCCGACUAAGCAACUUUCGGCUCCACUUUUUCCCGCCAAUUUUUGAUGUCACACUGUUCGACUGUUCCACAGUUUUCUUAAGGUUCUCAAGAAAAGUAAAGUUGCUGUAUGACAGUUUUCGGCGACUUGUUAACUUCAUCUUUUGCAACUAAGUUUUUAAAUUGGAGCCCAGAUUCCUCUUUUUCCGACCUUUUUGCUUUCGUUCUUUCCCGAAGAUGUCUCCAAUGUCUCUCUAUUUUUUAUUUAACACUUUUUCCCGCCAAUUUUUGAUCUCACACUGUUCGACUGUUCCACAGUUUUCUUAAGGUUCUCAAGAAAAGUAAAGUUGCUGUAUGACAGUUUUCGGCGACUUGUUAACUUCAUCUUUUGCAACUGGGUUUUUAAAUUGGAGCCCAGAUUCCUCUUUUUCCGACCUUUUUGCUUUCGUUCUUUCCCGAAGAUGUCUCUAAUGUCUCUCUAUUUUUUAUUUAACACUGUUUGGGUGGUCCACGUCUUUCUUUAGAUUCUGAAAUCCAGGAUAAAGUCGCUCCACACCUGUUUUCUGGGCUUUCUUCUUAAAUGCCAUUUCACUUAAAGGCCUAACGCGAGGCUGCUCUCCAGAAACAGCAGAUGAGUCAUGCGUUGUUUCAAAAUCGUCAAUCAUCAAUUGAUGUUCCGCUACACCUAUUUCCUGUAACUCUUUGUCCAUUCUUUCCAGUACCUUCCCCACAUUCUGGACAGUUCUUGACCUGACACUAUUUUGGCUUUGUAGAGUUUUCCUUAGUUUCUGAAAGCCAGGAUGAAGCCGUUCAAUCGCAGGUUUGUCUGCCUUCUUUCGUCUCUUCCGUCCAAACGCCAAUUUACGCCAACUGCCAGACGUGACAUCUGCAUGUUGAGCCUUUUGGUCUUGGAAGGUCGAAGACUGUGGUGGUUCUUGGGAAUCAACACUCUCCAGGGUUGUCUUUUUCUCGAUGGUGACUGAGGACGAUUCUCUCACACUGGCAGCCAUUGGUACCAGUUCUAAAAGCUAGGUUAAGGAACAGUUUAAUGUACGCGAGAGCGUAUGCCUCAGUUAUACCAGAAACUCAUAAGGGGUUGAAACGUGUAACUCGCGUUCAAUGCUCGUGAAUAUUCACUUUUACCAUAUUUGGAAACCUUAGUGUCAGAUAUACAUUUUCAACAAAAUGGCCGCCGCGCGAUCACCAUGCAGAUGUUUUAAGACAAGAGUUCAGCAUUUCAAGGUUAAAAACACACCGUUAAAAGACAAACAAUGGAAAGAGAAAGUUCAAAAGAAUGCUCAGCUUCCUUUUUGUGGAGGAAGGGAAGCUUUUCAUCAAGAAAUCGUCCUUCGAGGAAUUCAACUUUGUUUUCUUCACGACGGAGCCCAUGGUCUGUUUUGAAAUGCAACCAAGGCAGCGACGUUUUUGCUGAAUUUUCAUUUACAUUUUGCACUCUAUGGCCAAGACAAUUACGUUUUUGGAAGGGAAUUUAUGUCUUUUAAAAUGUUUCAUAGACGUUUUUAUAAAUUUUUUUCUUCGGCGCUAAAGAAAAAUUACAAAAUGUGCCCCGAUUUGAGAUGGAUUUUGUGUUGAAUUUUGCCAUGUGCUCAGGCGAUGUCACUUGCGUGAACGGAUCGACGAUCCAGAUAGUGUUUUCCGAAUUGCUUUAAAGGAUUAACUUUUUGGAUUUUGAAUAAAAAUUUUCAAGAAACGGCUUCUCUGUCUAUUUUUUUGAGUUUGUUAAUUCAUUCAUAAACUUAGCUCAAAAGACGACCGUGACUACAACGCCCAAGCUGAAUUUAAGCUUAAAUGCUUCUCACAUUCAUUACGCGCAUCACUUUUUGCGAAGAUGUCAGGUUCAGUUUUUGGCACUUUUCGAUACGCAGCUAAUGAAUUUUAUUCGCAAAUAUUUUUUACUGUUUAUUCUAGACUUUUAAUAUAAAAAUUAUAAAAGCCUAUUUGCAUUACAGUUUACUGUGCAGAGGGUCAACGAGGUAUCGUUUUUUGAAGUGACAAGUUCAAGAAGUUGUGAGGACGUCAGUGGGUUUCAUAAUGUUAUGUUGGGCCUGGGUGGUAAGGCAAUAAUAUCCUGCUCAGUGUUUUGGUAAGAUUCCUGGUUUCAACCUUUGAAAGCUUUCUCGGCUUUCGGGA